CUGGCAGCCCUGUUGCGUACGUAUCAUCGAACAGCGGUUGACCGGAUAUGGAAGGUAAUUCGAGGAACUGGAGGACAAGAUGCAGCCGUGGUCAGCAGUAGUCAUCAGGCGGCAAUAUUGUUGAACUCAAUCCAAGAUGCCAACAACUGUCCAUUAUCUUCCAGCAACGCGCACUUCGGACUGGCACAGUUCCCCGGGUUCCAUCCAUCUUUACAGGUAUGUCACGCACUAAUAGACGAAACUGUCCCUGGUGUGAGUCAGGUCGCGGCAUGUGGAAGCGAUUCAAACGUGCCCCUACAACCGCUUGCUCCAUGCAGUUCCUCGCAGAAAAGGACUGAGAAAGGAAGAAAGAAGAAGAAAAAGAACCGAUCGCGCGCUACAGCUGCAAUGGCAUCCCUAGAUUUUCCACCUUUGCCGAUAUUUAACGAUGAGGCAUCGCUUGAUCGAGCUGUUCGCUACGCUAUUCGGGCUGCUGUUGGAGGAGAUUGCGACCGGCAUGGACGUGCCAGGCAUCGUGACAGUCUGCGCGAAGAAGACAGUUCGGAAUCGGGUCAAGAGAGUGAUGUACAGCUUCCACCGUCCGCAGGUCUGCUAGGCGAUGGUCAGGCAGGUGCUUUAUCUGCUGCCCAUGAAGAAGUGGAUGCAUGCGAUUCGCACGUUGUGAAGCGUUGGCUGCUCACGGCUAUAUACCUCAGGCUACGACAUCUGGCUCUGCAACUGUCUGAUUACUUCAUAGAACAUCUUCAAGACCUUUCCGAAGCUGAAGAGGCGCGGUCAUACAAUGCAAAUAUCCCCGGCAGUAGUCGGGAUACAGCAAAUGACUCUGUGGAAUCUUACUUCAAUCGCAGCCAGCGGUUUGUUGACACUGUGGAGAAGGCCCUUUACUUGGCCCAUAUUCUAAGCGCAGACCCAGCUAAUCAUUCUGGUAUGUUCACAUUCUUGCUGAAUGUCUUGCAAUGUCCAAAAUACCCAAUGGCGACCAAGUAUCUGCAAGUGAAGCUGUACUAUUUGGAGGGUGAGAUUGUCUCGCUGCUCCAAACGGUGAAUAUUGGCGCACGAGAGCUGGAUCAGCUGAGAGAAGCGGCAUCGUAUAUGGCCACAGCGGUCACGACUCAGAUCGUGCCACCCAUCGCUCUGGCUCACUUUAUCCUGGAUCGAUUGAGUUAUGCGUUCAAUGUGUGCGAAGUGGAUCAGAAUGGACAGCCGAGCAGCCGCAUGUUGCCGAAUCGUCUUGGUGCCCGUCGUCCUCAAGACGAAGAUCUCGCGCUGAAGGCUGCCCUUGAUGCAGUUGGUGCUAGGCCAUUGUUCUCCGAUGAGGACUAUCCUCUGUUGAGUGAAGCUGUCCGAAGGCAAAAAGGAGAGCUGGCAAUUGCCCUUUUGACACGGCAUAGAGAUUCCACUGAAAAGCUUGGCCUCAUCUUGGACCGGCUACUGGAUCCUUCGAUUCACAAGAUGUACUCAUGGCAUCAAUCAAACGCAGCAUACUUUUUGGAUAGAGAUCCGGUAUAUCUCAAGCUUGGCCAACGAGGGCAACGUCCGGCAUUUCCGAUCCCAUCACAUGCACCGCCAGUGCUAAGGUCUGUUUCUCUGCAAUCAGCUGACUCUAGGAACAGCGCUUUCGAUGAAGAAGUGGAGUGUAUAUCAGAGCAGAUGCAGUCACUCGCAGCAGGCUCAAGACAAUCUUCUGAUGAAGGAAACGAGAGCAUCCGCAGCACCCCCACGUCUGCGUCUGUUAUUACUGAAACCAGCGAUCCACCGGCGUCAUCAAAACCGAGUACUAGCAAGGCAAAAGCUCGCUUGGUGCCGGUGUCAUGUACCACGGAAGCGCACGCACAUUAUAUGCAUGAACUAGCGAAACGGGUCCUUACUGAGGCAGGAGGAAGUCAAAGCUCGGUUGUCUUUGCACCUAUUGGACAGAGUCCACUAGCGUCGAAUCGGAAACUGCACAUGUGCGCGUUUUUGAUCGGCAUGUAUGCCAUUGGCCUUCACAAUCAGCUUUAUGCAUUGAAGUGGUUCGCGAAACGUGGCCAUUCUGACGACCGUCCGAACCAGCGGGACUGGCUGAUUAAGGCCGGUCAAUCGCUUUGCCCUCCUGGCAGUGUCGCGGAACAGGGAGCCGCGUUGCUGGAAAGUGCUUGUCGAGCUAUUGAAGAGGCAGCAAAUCAAGAAAUCGUAUUUGCGGACGUUCUUUUCCGGGUAGCACGAUACUGGCAUGAUUUACAUUAUGAGCUCGAUCAUCCAACUGUACAUCAGCAACAGCACCAAAAUCAACCUGGAUCUCAGGCUGUACCAUUUAACUCCAACAACCAACAUCAGCAAUAUUUUAACAUUCCUACUACUCACGCUCAACAACAACAGUUCUACUACCAACAUAUACACCCAUCGCAGUCAAUCGCUUUUAUGCAAGCUCAUCCACCGCCGGUACCAGUGAGUCAAGCAAGCAACAGUAACAAUCUGUCUGUGUCUGUGGCGAAUGAAAUUGGACGAUUACAUCAAAGCCAGUCAGCACCUCAGUUGUCGGGCUCACGGCCUGGCGCCCAAUUGGGAUCGGAAACACGGCCACGUCUUGUGAAUGCUCAUCGUGUUGGUAUUCGAGCCCUGGCCACAAUGGCCGCCAGUGCCAAUGAUGAGACACGGCAGUACAGCAAGUAUUCCCAAACCCCGCCCUUUGCUGAGGAUAUUCGGUGGUUAUUCACGAUAUCGGUCCAAUUAGGAACGCCGUACUUUGUCAGUUUCCUCGAUGCCGUUGCAAAAGCUGUAUCAUCACCGUUCUUGCUUUUCCAAUUUGCUAUGGAAGCUAACACCCGCCUCCCACCCUAUCCUCAGCAGUACUCAAUGCCGCCGAUCAAUCGCUCGGUACCGCCUCCACAGCCAAGCCAUUCAAGCAAGGCAUUUGCUCAUGUUGCUGGAAGGGUUCGUUAA